CGUAUAAGUGCGCGAGUAUUAAGGGUCCAUGACCUGAACUAUUCAUUUGAAAGGCCCUCUGGUCGCUGUGACAACAGUCGCUUUGGAGGUUAUUCGUCGGGAAUAGAAGGAAUAGCUCAGGGUGACAAGAAUGACCGCCAGUGCAUCGGCCCGAGGGUUUUGUAUGUGUCUGGGAGGGUACAUGUAACUCUCUGCUCCGUAGUAUUUCCGGCGCUCAAACACCUCCGACGAGGGCGUUUUACGUGCGCCGAUCGCAAGUCGCGCGCGGACGGGAGUGCAAACAUCUGUUGCCUUUGGCCAAUAGCAGCAUGUCAAAACCAUGUGAACCACGGACGCGACUGGCUGGCUCUGUCGCACGUGCGAAAAAUGUGGUUUUUCCAUUGUUUAAUAAUGCCCCGAUGGACAGGGACGAGACGAGUGGUGAUGACGAUCACCCCAAGCAAGACUGGAGGAGCUCGGCGCACUUACUGCAAACCUCUUAAACUUGGUGCUUGGGCUCCACCCCACGCCGACAAUGCUCGAGCCCAGCUGCCAAUAAUCCUUUUUUCCCUCCUCUUCUCGUCCCUCCAAUCCGUUAAUUAUCAGGAGGCGACCGCGCUCUUCCUCACAGCUCGCCCUCUUCACUCUCCAACCUUCUCCCUGCAACCUCGAAGCCGCAAUGGCCGAGCCCAUGACCUCGCCCUCCAGCCUCCCACGCUCCUCCAGCAACACCCGUAUUGCACCCCCGCUCAAAAGCUUCCUGCCUCUGGCUGGCGAGUCCAAUGCUCUCUCUACGCGCGGUCAGAAUCUACCGAACCUGCUGGGUCGCCGACCAUCGACCCUACGCAGCCGGAGGGGGAGCGCUAGCAGUGAUGAAGACUUGGAGAGCCUCCGACAUGGCCUCCUCAUGGGCUUCGAUCGCGACUAUGACGCCGAUAGGAGAAUGAGUGCAGGCGCUGCUGCCUUGAACACGCCGCAGAUGCGGAGUAUGCGCUUGAUUGGCAAUUCCAACCCGAGAUACAAGUGGGAAAAGCACUUCAAGACCAAGGAGGAACUCAAAAACAUGAAGAAGCCCAUUCGCGAAUACUAUGAGCGAAACAACUUCCUUCUCCAGCACUACAUGUACAUCGAUCGCGUACUCGACUCGUCCCUUCCGCACAACCUCAUUCAAGAAUACAGCAGCCUCGAAUCAGGUCAUGUCAAUAUACCUUCGACCAUCAGCGAGGAGGCUCCUUCGCUCCUGUCAAACUCCGGUCACCAAACCCCGAAUGAUUCUACCAAUACCAGUAGCACCCCUUCCAGCGUGGCAACGCCCAACGGCAGCUCUCAUAGUCAAAUCAAAGUGAAGCGCACUCCAAAGAACCUCUACAAGGUCCCGGAAGCGGACGAAACUACACCUUUGCUAGGACAUGACGAAGCUGUGGAAGACGAUGAUGACGAUGCUAACCCCAUGAGCAAAGACUUGCUCGACUGGGAACCCGAGGAGGAAAUGGAUACCGAGAGUCCCAUCGUUAAACUUGCGCUCUAUAUCAAUCUUGCUGCAAAUGCCCUGCUUCUAGUCCUCAAGAUCAUCGUCACGGUCAUGACGUCCUCGCUUUCAGUCCUGGCUUCGCUCGUCGACGCCGCUCUCGAUUUCCUCUCAACUGCCAUAGUAUGGUUCACAUCGUGGAUGAUCGCUCGUCAGGACCGUUACAAGUAUCCAGUAGGCCGGCGCCGACUGGAGCCCAUCGGUGUGUUGGUGUUUAGCGUUAUCAUGAUUACGAGUUUCUUCCAAGUAGGAAUCGAAGCGUUUGGCAGAUUGAACGGGAAAGACCAUGCUAUAGUGGAAUUAACGGUCCCUGCUAUAGCCAUCAUGGCCAGCACGGUGGUCAUCAAAGGCGCCUGUUGGUUGUGGUGCAGACUGAUUCCGAACAGCAGCGUGCAAGCUCUUGCACAAGAUGCUGAAACCGACGUGGUGUUCAACAUCUUCAGUAUCAUAUUUCCCCUCGUUGGUUUUUACGCUAAGAUAUGGUGGCUCGAUCCACUGGGCGGUCUCCUCCUCUCCCUCUACGUCAUCAUCAACUGGUCCAGAACCUCCGCGACUCAUAUCCGCAACUUGGCUGGCGCUGCAGCCACGGCUGACGAACGGAACAUCCUCCUCUAUCUCACAAUGCGCUUCGCCAAGUCGAUCAAACAGAUCCAGGGUUUGGAGGCAUACCACGCCGGUGAUAAGCUAAACGUCGAGGUCGAUAUCGUUGUGGAUGAGAACAUUAGGUUGAGGGACAGCCACGACCUGGGAGAAUCGCUGCAAUAUGUUCUUGAAAGUGUACCAAAUGUGGAUCGCGCUUUUGUACACAUCGAUUACGCAAGCUACAACUUGCCAACGCACAUGUCUCAGCAGGAGUAA